UUUGGAUUUUCAUCAAAUUCUUCAUUGCAACGGGACUACAAGCCUAAUGGUACAAGUUACUUCAAUACACGGAAAGUAAUUAUGACAAUAGUAAAUUAAAGGACCAACACAUCAAUCAAAAUGAGACUGUCAACCAGCGAAGAAGUUCCAAGCACAACAGUGGUGGGCCGCACAGGGAGUCCUGGAGGCCCAGAUGUAGUGAACGGCGUGUCUAGCGCGGGCGCAUACGAUGUAACACGCAUGCGUGAGGAGGAAUUUGAGAGGCUCACAGUGUACAUCGUACCCGACGUGCCUUGUGAGCGAGGCACACCCAACCGCGCUGAGAGGACACUCCCGCGCAGCUUAGCUCUCAGACCAUCUGCAGUAUUAUCCACUCCUAACACACCGACUGAAGGUGUUUGGAGUAUAGGUGUAAUACCGCGUGGAACACGCUUCGGGCCCUUUGAAGGUACCCGAACACCGAACAAGCCCAAUGACAAAGUCUCCUGGCGAUACUACUGGAGGAUAUUUAAGGACACUGACUAUUAUUACCUGGACGGUUCCGACACCAGCGUAGCAAACUGGAUGCGAUAUGUCGCGUCCGCGUACUCUCUCUCGGUGAUGAACCUCGUGGCUUGUCAACACCAGGAACACAUAUACUUUUACACAAUCAGAGACAUCAUGCCAAACGAAGAACUCAUGGUUUGGUAUUGCAAAGAUUUUGCAACGAGGUUGGGUUAUGACAUCGAUCCUGAAAGAGCAACAUACUCUAUCUGCAAAGAAGAAACAAUUAAAAAAGCUUAUGGCUUGCCACCAGCACCUGUGCAUCCUGAAAUUGCAUUCAAUCACAUGAAAUAUGUUCUUGGAUUAACAAAUACUAAGGAGCUGCUAGAAGCUGAAAUCCCAAAUCGGCGGCGAAAACGUGAAGCAACUGACAAACCUUUUCAUGAAAAUCCUACGCCGAUACAUCGAGAAGAUCCGAGAUGUAUCAACAAAAACGAUAGGGUGGUCCUCAGAGCAGACAUUUCUACCAAUAUCAUCCAUAACAAAAGUGAAAACUCAAUUGUUACAGAACAAAGAUCAUUAUCACCAACUAGCUUAAUGCCUUCGCCAUCGCCAGUCAAAAUGCACAGAGAGAAUCCUACUCUGAUUAUACAUCAGCACAAAGAAAGUACAUCCCAAGUGGUUAUACAUCAACUUGAGAAUCCCCGAAUACAGAGUAACAGGUCACCUGCACAAUGCCAAACUUUGAGAGACAUGCGUGGUCCAUCGCCGAUGGCACAAAAUGCCCAAGACAAGUUAGGAAGCAAAUCUCCCGUACUCACUCACUGUAUGGGGCCACACUAUGAACAUCAACUGACCCCGAACGAUGGAUCAGUGCGAUCUGAUGAAGGAUAUCAUAGCAACGGCUAUCACGAUGAAUUCACUCCUCCUGAAGAUUCGAGUGAUUCUGACGUAGAAAACUACGUUCUUGACUGUUCCAAUAAAACGAAUGAACCCAAAGAGACAGUAAUAGUCCAAAAAAUGGACCAGGAUAUGCAUCGCAAUGAAUAUAGAAAAGUUAAGAUAAAAAUGCCAAGAGCAUAUCAGUAUCAGAACCACAAAGAUAUGGAUUGUGAAAGUGAGAAAGAAUUAGUUAUAGCUGAAGAAAUUCCUAAUACUCCACAAAAUUUGUCACCACCAAGACGUGAUCCUGCCACAUCGACUGUUAUAGUAUUAGAAUCAUCUCAAAAUACAGUGGUACCGCUAACCAAGCCAUACUAUGAAGAAGGUGCUUUGUCUCCUUCUCCACAACCGGCUUUCAUGAGAUAUUCUCCACCUGAUACAAGAAUCUUGGAAACAAUAUUAACUGGUAACAGGAUCGACACAAAUAACAAUGAUCCUAAUCGCCGUCAACCAAAUGCGACACCGCCACCGUCAUCUCCCACCGAAAUGGCUUAUUCGUACAAGAAAAGCCAAAGGUAUGGGAAUGCCUGCAGUCCGGACUCUAGCUCGAAUUUGACUCCUCUGCCGUCACUAUUGCCACUGCCGCAACAGCUGCCAACACCCAGCGCUGCGUCACUAUAUUCAUCGUCACCACCGCACACCAUCCCACAUACUACUGAGAUUCGAGAAAUCAGAGAAAUAAGAGAAAUUCGUGAGACACGGUAUGAAAGCCACUACCCGAACUACACCUACAACUUGUAUUCUCCUCCUAAUUCUACGAUAAUCACUCAACUGGGAUCACCACCCAGCAAUUACUCGCCAACAGUGACGUCAUCUCACCAGUAUGAGAGGUCACAGAAUGUUCAAAGUAAUCACCACUAUCCGUCUUCAACUAGCGUGAUUACACUAAAAAAUUGUUCGCAAUUAAGUUUAAUUCAAAACACAAAUGUGAACAGUCAAAUGGUUCCUCAACACGGCAGCGUCAGCCCUGACGGUUCGUGUGGGCUCAUGGGAGCACCAAUGAGUCCUGGCUCACAAUCUUCUCGAGGUUACAGAAGCUUACCUUACCCACUAAAGAAAAAGGACGGGAAAAUGCACUACGAGUGCAACGUUUGCUGUAAGACGUUCGGACAACUUUCCAAUUUGAAGGUUCACUUGAGAACGCAUUCAGGCGAGCGCCCGUUCAAAUGCAACGUGUGCAGUAAAUCGUUUACACAACUCGCACAUCUACAGAAACAUCACCUUGUACAUACCGGAGAAAAGCCGCAUCAGUGUGAUAUUUGCAAAAAACGAUUCUCCUCAACAUCGAAUUUAAAAACUCACCUACGUCUGCAUUCAGGACAAAAACCCUACGCGUGCGAUUUGUGUAUGCAGAAAUUCACACAAUUCGUGCACUUAAAACUUCACAAGCGGCUACAUACGAAUGACAGGCCAUACGUGUGCCAAGGCUGUGACAAGAAGUACAUCAGUGCUUCCGGGCUGCGCACGCACUGGAAGACCACUAGUUGUAAGCCGAACAACAUUGAAGAAGUUUUAGCAAUUACUAAUGCAGCAAACACUGAAUGCAUCGGUAACGUCGACAAAGACUGCCACGAAAGAGAGGGGCACGAGGCGUACGAGGUGCACUCUCCCUCGCAGGGCGGGCUGGUGGGAGCCGGUGGGGCGCGCGUGGCGAUGUCUCACGAGGUGCUGGGAGGGCCGGCGCACCAGGCGCAUACCACGACGCCACACCUGGCGACGCACGCGCCGCUGUCGCCGCACGCGUACCGGCCGCUGCCCGAGCACGAGCCGCAGUACGCGCCGCAGCCGGCCGAGCCGCGCGCCAGCGUCAUUGAGUCCAGCCAGCCCCUCAUCAUCGAGUGCACCUGAGCCCUGCUGGCGCAGCACGCACUCGCCGGACGCGUGUUUCCCCGCCGCAUUAUGUGAUUCCAGUCUUGUGAUCUAACGAAAGUAUUUCGUAAAAACAUUCGGACGUCAAGUUCGUCCCUUGCAGUGGCUAUGAGAUUACGAUAUAAACUUUAAGUUGUACAUUUGUAAGAUUUAUAACUUGUAAAUGCGAUGCGAUAUUAAUAAGUACUAAGUACUUGAGAUAUGUUA